AUGGCCUCCAGUGACUCAGUUAUAGGAGUGAUCUUCUUAACCCAGACGGUUGUAGGAUUCCUGGGGAAUGUUUUCCUUCUUUGCCAUUAUAGUUUACUUUACUUCACCACAUGCAAAUUAAGGUCCACAGAUUUGAUUCUCCAGCAUCUGACUGUGGCCAACUCCUUGGUCCUGCUCUCUAAAGGAGUCCCUCAGACAAUGGCUGCUUUUGGAUUGAAACAUUUCCUCUGUGAUACCGGAUGCAAAGUUGUGUUCUUUGUUCACAGAGUUAGCAGAGGUGUGUGUAUUGGCAGCAUCUGCCUCUUGAAUGUCUUCCAGGCCAUCAUGAUCAGCCCCAUGACCAAGUGGCCAAAGUUGAAACUGAAAGCUUCCAGAUACAUUGGGCCCUUCAACAACCUGUGCUGGGUCCUAAACGUGCUCUUGAACAGUAUGGUUCUUAUUCAUGUGACUGGGAAGUGGAAUAGCAAAAAUAACACAUGGAAAAAGGAUUUAGAAUAUUGUUCUGCGGGAGUUGGUAACAUUACAAGAAGAUCACUAUACAUAGUGGUGUUAUUAUCUUAUGAUGUUUUGUGUGUGGGACUGAUGACCUGGGCCAGUGCCUUCAUGGUUUCCACCCUAUACAGGCACAAGAAGCAGGUCCAACAUAUUCAUAGGACCAACCUCUCCCCCAGAUCCUCUCCAGAGUCCAGAGUCACCAAAAACAUCCUUGUUCUGGUGGGCAUCUUUGUAUCAUUUUACACCUUCUCCUCUAUCUUUGCAUCAUUUGUAAGUAUUUUUCAUAAUCCCAGUCGGUGGCUGACAAUCAUCUCUGCACUAUUCAGUGCUUGUUUCCCUGCAAUCAGUCCCUUUGUUCUCAUGAGCCACAAAUCCAGGAUAUCCAGGCUCCAUUAG